AUGCCUGGGUUAGCUCGCAAGGUUAUUAUAUACGCGGCCGUCGACGGUCUCAUCUUACAACCUCUCAAUUCCAAGAAGGAGCAGCGAGUCGCACCGCCGGUGAAGAUCAAAUAUGGAGAUGCAGCCAUAUCCAACAUAUCCUCGCUGCCAGAUACAUCCAAAAUCAACAGUUCUUUCGAGGCUUUUGGCAUCAUCGGUCUCGUCACCGUCUCGAAAUUCAGCUACCUCGUCUCGAUAACACGCCGCCAGCAAGUCGCCCAGAUCCGAGGACUUCCCAUUUAUAUGGUCACUGAAGUUGCCUUGACACCAUGUUCUUCGUAUAAAGACGCAAGUGACUCCGUCGCAAAGACAGUUUUGCACUUGCAGGGCAAGCCCGCGGAGCAGGACGCAGAGGAGAGCGAUAGCGAUGAUGACCUCGGACCACCAUCCAGGGCAAGCGAUGAUGUCGGAGAUGAGAAUGCCCCCGAGCAGGAGCAAGUGCCAGGCCCGCAGAGCAAAAGCACUGUGGCCCAGGAUGUGAUGACCAGACGUGGGAGCUAUGGCCGCUUCGCGCAGCGGUGGUUUAGUAAGAGCGGAUGGAUGCAGGAGCAGAAGAGGACAAUGGGCUUAAGCAACUCGGAAGAAGCAAUUGCGGAUCCCGAUAGUAAGGCCGGCAAGCAUGAAUCUACUUCUGAGGCAGCUGGAGUUCCCGUAGAGGACGCUGAGCAAGAAAAUCUCGCGCCGCCUAGUUUGCUGCCGAAGUUGCUGCGGACAACUCAAAUCCUCUUCGGGACGUCAAAAAGUUUCUUCUUCUCUUACGAUUAUGAUAUCACUCGAAGGCUAUCAAACCAGAAAUACCCGACCACACAAUCAUCGGAGAACGCCUUAUACAAGCAGGUAGAUCCCCUGUUCUUCUGGAACCGCAAUGUGUUGCAACCCUUCCUCGAUGCCGGCGCCGAAAGCCUCGCUCUUCCCCUGAUGCAAGGUUUUGUUGGGCAGAGGACCUUCACGGUUGACAGCCGCCCACCACAAGUCGAUGAUGGUGCGAAGGAAUCCAUGGAGCUGAGCGACUUCGGAGCGAAUUGGUCCAACCCAGCUUCCAACCCAACCUCGAACCCGGCCUCACCGCCAAAUGAAAGAGCUUCGGUAGACCUGAGACCGUCGGAGAAACAGUUCGAUAUCACGGUCAUUUCGAGGCGUUCUGUGAAGCGAGCUGGUCUUCGCUAUCUUCGUCGUGGUAUCGACGAUGAUGGCUUUGUUGCUAACUCGGUGGAGUCUGAGCAAAUUUUGUGCCCAAAGAUCACAGACGAAUCUACGAAAGUGUAUUCGUUUGUGCAAAUCAGGGGCAGCAUUCCUCUGUUUUUCACUCAGACACCAUAUUCCUUGCGGCCAACACCAGUUCUCAGACAUUCUGAAGAGACCAAUUACCAAGCUUUGAAGAAGCACUUUGAGUACCUACAUCAGCGUUAUGGCUCACUUCAGAUCGCCAAUCUCAUCGAGAAACAUAGUAUCGAAGCUCCGAUAGGACAACAAUUCCAGGCGGGAGUCGAGCGAUACAACAAGGAGCACCCCGAUGAUGAGCAAAUUCCCUUUGAAUGGUUCGACUUUCAUGCUGUCUGUAGGGGCAUGAAAUUUGAGAAUGUUCAGAAGCUCAUUGAAAUUCUGCGGGAGGAGAUGAGUGAUUUUGGAAGUAGCGUGGAGGCAAAUGGUGAAAUCACAAGUGUCCAGAAGGGAGUAAUACGGACGAACUGCAUGGAUUGCCUGGACCGAACGAAUGUCUGCCAAAGCUCGUUUGCAAAGCACAUGUUGGACCAACAACUUAAGGAGCAAGGAUUCGACAUGACAGUGCAGAAUGAUCAGGUAAACUCCUGGUUCAACACAUUGUGGGCGGACAAUGGCGAUGCCAUUUCGAAGCAGUAUGCAUCAACUGGUGCCAUGAAGGGUGACUAUACCCGGACCAGAAAGAGAGACUAUCGCGGCGCCUUGACAGAUGCGGGCUUAUCUCUUACACGAUUCUAUAAUGGCAUGGUCAAUGACUUCUUCCUCCAGGCGACCAUAGACUUCCUCCUAGGCAAUGUUACUGCCAUGGUCUUUGAGGAGUUUGAAGCCACUAUGAUGACCAAGGACCCAGCUGUCUCGGUCCAAAAGAUGCGAGAUCAAGCUAUCGAGCUGUGCCAGAAACGCGUCAUUGUAGACGAGAAAGAGGAAUUCAUUGGAGCAUGGGCUCUUCUAACACCAUCAACUACAGACAGCAUCACCACCAAGCCCUUCGAAGAGAUUAUCUUCAUGCUUACCGACACGGCGAUGUACCUCUGCCGAUUUGACUGGAACCUCGACAAGGUCUCCUCGUUCGAGCGAAUACUGUUGUCGCAUGUUGAGAACAUCAAGUUCGGGACGUACAUCACAUCCACACGUUCCACCACCCAGAUGGACGAGAUGAAGAAUGUCGGACUGGUCGUGACGUACAAGCCGGGGUCCAGCGACAUCCAACGCAUCAACACGAGAUCACUUUCAAGCCUAAAAAGCCGCGUGAACAGCAACUCCUCACAGAGCUCCAAGAUUGCCGGCCUCUUCGGCGGUCGUAGCGCCGCGCCGGCAGAGACCGCGAAGAAGAUCGCGCUCAAGGCUCCAUACUCCCAGUACUCUUUGGCUACCGGAGCCGAAAGGGAAGCCAAAAUGUCCGAGUUGCAGCUUGUGGUGAGCAUCUGCGCGGAGAUUGAACGGCUCGCGUUUCUUAACCAGCCCGUCUCUGGACAAGUCGAGAAGAACCGCGAGAGCAUCAUCGAGAAGGACGACAUUGUUUCGCUGGCUGAUGCGAAGAAGAACGUCGGGCUGUUCGACAAUCUGUCGCACUCCAUCAAGCGGUUGGUAUGGGCAUAA